AGGAGGCCCGCGCUAAAUCGUGCGCUGCACAAAUUGUUCCAACAAUCUUCUUUAACAAGCUUUUCCCCUUCACUACUAAAAAGUAUAUAACUAGUUUUCAAUCGUCUGCAACUUCUCAGCACUGAAAACAUUCAGACAAUGGCCACCAUUACCAAGCUUAAAGUAGAUGAACUUCGUAAGGAGCUUUCAAGUCGCGGUCUUGAUACCACAGGAACCAAACCUAUACUGGUAAAGAGGUUGGAAGAGGCUAUUGAGGUGGAGGAGGAGGAAAACAAGAAGAAAUUGAAUGGUGAUAAGAAAAGGUCGAGGGUUGAUUCUGACUCAAUUGGGUCAGUGAAAAUGAAUGAUGUGGAGGAGUAUAAGAAAAUGAGUGUUAAGGAGUUAAGGGAGGUAGCUACUUCUCGUGGGAUUUCAAGUACUGGGUCGAAGAAAGAACUUGUUGAGAGGCUUUGUGAUGGUGCUGAUUCACAGAAAAACGACUCAAAAGAUGAUCUUGGAGUCGGAGGUGAAUGCGAGAUAGAGAAAUUGGUCACAGCAACAAAGAAGGGUGCAGCUGUUUUGGAUGAAUACCUGUCAGAUGACAUCAAAGAACGGUACCAUGUCCUGCAACAAGGCAAUGAUAUUUAUGAUGCCACAUUGAACCAAACAAAUGUUGGGAACAACAAUAACAAGUUUUAUAUCAUUCAAGUUCUAGAGAAUGAUAGUGGUGGUAAUUUCCUUGUUUAUACUAGAUGGGGUAGAGUUGGUGCAAAGGGUGGAACAAAGAUUAGUGGUCCCUACACGUCUGCCUAUGAUGCCACAUCUGAGUUUGAGAGUAAAUUCUAUGAUAAGACCAAGAACGAUUGGUCUAACCGCAAAGAUUUUUUUUGUCAACCAAAGCAUUAUGCUUGGUUGGAAAUGGACUAUGCUGAAAAUGGGGAAGACUCCUCAGUCCAAGGACAGUCCAACCCAGUACAUAAAAGUCAACCUCGUGAGACUAAGCUGGAGGCCCCGAUUGCAAAGUUCAUAUCUCUUAUUUGCGACAUCAAUAUGAUGAGGCAGCAAAUGAUGGAAAUAGGAUACAAUGCUAACAAGUUGCCACUCGGUAAAUUGAGCAAGACAACUAUUUUAAAGGGCUAUGAUGUCUUGAAAAAUAUUGCUGAUGUAAUUGGCCAGUCCAACAGACGACUGCUUGAAGAUUUGAGCAGUCAAUUCUAUACAGUCAUUCCUCAUGAUUUUGGAUUCAAGAAGAUGCGUGAAUUUGUCAUCGACACCCCUCAGAAGUUAAAACACAAAAUUGAAAUGGUCGAAGCUCUUGCUGAAAUUGAAGUCGCAACUAAGUUAUUGGAGGAUAACACAGAUAUACAGGAGGAUCCCUUGUAUUAUCAAUAUGAACAACUUCGUUGCAAACUUGUUCCAGUUGAAGUCGGUUCCCAAGAGUUUCUCAUGAUUGAGAGUUACAUGAAGAAUACCCAUGCAAAAACACAUUCUGGUUAUGCUGUCGAUAUUGUUCAAGUAUUUAGGGCAUCAAGAGAUGGUGAAACUGAAAGAUUCCAGAAGUUCUCUGAUACGAGUAAUAGGAUGCUUUUAUGGCAUGGUUCUCGCCUCACAAACUGGGCUGGCAUUCUUUCACAGGGUUUACGAAUUGCUCCUCCAGAAGCACCUUCAACAGGGUACAUGUUUGGGAAAGGUGUUUAUUUUGCUGAUAUGUUCUCCAAAAGUGCAAAUUAUUGCUAUUCCUCCUCUGCUGCUAAGAAUGGUGUGCUUCUGUUGUGUGAGGUUGCUCUUGGUGAAAUGAAUGAGCUGCUGUCAGCAAACUACGAUGCUGAUAAGUUGCCUUCGGGAAAGCUAAGCACCAAAGGAGUCGGUGCCACGGCCCCAGAUCCUAAAGCAUCUCAAAUACUUGAAGAUGGUGUCAUUGUUCCUUUGGGAAAUCCAAAGAACCAACGAAAGCAGGGUAGUUUGUUGUAUAAUGAAUUCAUAGUUUACAACGUGGAGCAAAUAAGAAUGCGCUAUGUUAUCCAGGUUGAGUUCAAUCAUGGAAUAUAAUCAUAUUGUAAAUAUAAUUUC